AUGCCACUCCCACACGCUCGCCGUCAGCAGAAACGCGUAAGCCGUGGCAGUUCUGUGCCUGCAAAACGUCUUCGGACAAGCAGAGGGACUGCCUCGCAACCCGUCGAUAUCGACGCGACCCCAAGCCAGAUCAGAUUUUACGCGUCACCAUACGAAACCCUAGCUGCAGCCACAAGCCAGGCUACCGAUACUACUCUCAUCGAGCCCUCCCCGCCGUCUAUACUACUGAAUGCCGCUAUUGUCGCGUCUACUAACGACACUGACGCGGCAACGGCUUCUACGGCGGAUCCUCUACCAGACGAGCCAGCCACCGAUCUGGAUAGCCAUUUCGCGGAUGACUUUGAAGGCAUCAACUGGGAUACUCUAUCAGCAUACGGGAAGCCUCCACGUACGCUCAAACAUAAGAAGAGCUGGGUCUUUCAGCACGGCUAUCGCGUCGCGUCUCUCAGAGACUUGAGCCGUACCUUCUGGAGGUGA